GGAGAGCAGCGGCAGCGUCUGAGCGUUUUUACUGUAAUAUACUGUAUGAGAGACUGGACUGACAAACAGCAGCUGCUUUAUGCUAUAGAUAGAUUUUAUAGAAUAAUUUCAAUUCAAUAAUUAUUGGUUAGUGUUGCUUUUACAUCAAGUAGGCUGCUUCAGCUCGGCACAAUGACAGCCCUGUCGCUGCUGUUGAUGGCUGUGUCGGCCGCAUCUGUACUAGCUGAAUCUGCUGUGUAUCUCCGAGAGCAAUUUGAGGAUGGUGAUGCCUGGAAGAGUCGCUGGGUGGAAUCCAAGCACAAGUCAGACUAUGGCAAGUUUGUCCUGACGGCAGGGAAGUUUUACGGAGAUGCAGAGAAAGACAAAGGUCUGCAGACAAGCCAGGAUGCCCGCUUCUACGCCUUGUCAUCUCGCUUUGAAGACUUUAGCAACCAGGGCCAGUCUCUCGUCAUCCAGUUCACAGUGAAGCAUGAGCAGAGCAUCGACUGUGGUGGAGGCUACAUUAAAUUGUUCCCCUCUGACCUCAACCAGGAGGACAUGCACGGAGACUCUACUUACAACAUCAUGUUUGGUCCUGAUAUCUGUGGCCCUGGCACAAAGAAGGUUCACGUCAUCUUCAACUACAAUGGCAAGAACAAUCUUAUCAACAAAGACAUCAGAUGUAAGGAUGAUGAAUACACCCAUUUAUACACCCUGAUUGUCCGUCCUGACAACACUUACGAGGUCAAGAUUGACAACAAGAAAGUUGAGUCUGGAAACCUGGAGGAUGACUGGGACUUCCUGCCUCCCAGAAAAAUUAAGGACCCUGAGGCAAAAAAACCAGAGGACUGGGAUGACAGGGAGAAGAUUCCUGACCCGGAUGAUAAGAAACCGGAGGACUGGGACAAGCCUGAAAACAUCCCAGAUCCUGAUGCCAAGAAGCCCGAUGACUGGGAUGAUGAGAUGGAUGGAGAGUGGGAGCCUCCUAUGGUCUCUAACCCUGAUUAUAAGGGUGAGUGGAAGCCCAGAGAGAUCAGCAAUCCUGCCUACAAAGGCAAGUGGGUCCAUCCUGAGAUUGACAACCCAGAGUAUACAGCCGAUUCAGAGAUCUAUAAAUACGACAGCAUUGGCGUUAUUGGACUGGACUUGUGGCAGGUAAAGUCUGGUACUAUCUUCGAUAACUUCCUGAUCACCAAUGAUCCAGCCAUGGCAGAGGAAAUAGGCAAUGACACAUGGGGUAAAACUAAGGAUGCAGAGAAAAAGAUGAAGGAAAGCCAAGAGGAGGAGGAGAGGAAGAAGCGUGAGGAGGAGGACAAGAGGAGGAGAGAGGAGGCGAAGGAGGCGGCUGAGGAGGAAGAGGAGAAAGAUGAGGAGGAGGAAGAGGAGGAAGAAGAUGAGGAAGAGGAGGAGGGCAUGGAGCAGGAGGAGGAAGAGGAGGAAGAUGAAGGCACAGACUCUAAACUCAAGGAUGAGUUAUAAACUCUAUGCAGGAACUGACUGUCAGUGAGCCAAUGGAACAACUGCAGACUGAGAUGAUGAUGGACCCUGAUGAUCAACACCCUGGGGUGGGAUUGGGGUUUUUCAUUCCUUCAUUUGUUUACAAAGCAAGGGGUUGGACAAAAAGGGGUGAUGAUUGCUCUUUUUCCUUUUUCCAUGUGCUACUACUACUACUAUUAUUAGGGUAAUAACAACUGUUAUAAUUAUAAAAUGAGAAAAAAAGGACAAAAACAUCAAAAAGAAUGUUGAGGCAGGAAAGUGAAAUUGUUCUGCAGUUUAUAACCAACAAAAUAGUCAUUUUUGUUCUAAAAUAUGGGUUUUAUGAAGUAUUUUGUUGUGAUGACAUGAAAAGCUAUGUUUAGUGUGUGGAUGAUAGCUGAUGAAGAUUUUUAGUAUACCUCAUGUUUUCUUUGUCUCAUUAUCCUGUUAUUUUUUUAAUUAAUUUUGCAGUCUGUCUGUGUCAUUGUCCGUCUUUGAUAUCUAAAUCACUCUAAAAAGAUUCAGCAUGGUUCACCGUCAUUCUGCAGAAUGUGUUUCCUGCUCUUAUUUAAGCCUAUCAGAUUCAACGAGGGUUAAUGCUGUGUUAGCUGAUGCCAUAUAUUUAACAGCCAGUGAAAAAAAAAAAUGAGGCAUGAAUAGGGUGGUAAUAAUGGGUGCUUCAGGAUGAAAUCCCUUGCAUAGUUUUGUACUGUAUAGUUUACACUUUUACACUUCAGUGCACAUACUGUGGUCUUCUUCUUGUGUGUCCAAUAAACUACUCAAGCUCAGAUGUACAUGAACAGCACUCUAGUAGCAGGAAAUCUUCCAUUCAUGUGGUUGACUCUAGGUUUACUCAUCAAUGAAUGGUGUGUACGCAACCAGUUUCUUCAUUUCUGAUGCUAAUGUCUCCGUGCUGCUGUACCCCUAAAACUGUCCCAAACACAGUUGGAAAGAUGAACCUUUUGUAAAAGACACAUUUUGUACUAAUGGUAAUAUCUGAAAUGGGAAGAUUUUCAUGUUGCUGUGUAAAAAAAAAGAAUAAUGACAGGUGUUCUGUCCAAUAAAAACAACCAGA